AUGGGACAUAGCUUUGUGCGCCGUUUAUCGGAAUUUGUGUCGAGUAGGGAUGCAGAAUGGCGGAAUUUGAGGCUAGAGGAGUCGAGUAUCAAGGUUUCCUUUCUGGGCAAAGGCGGAGGUCGAGUUUCUGAUCUUUUUUCUGAUCAAUUCAGACGUUUCGUGGAGGCGGUAACUCCCGAUGUGGUUAUACUUCAAAUAGGUGGCAAUGAUGCUGAUUGUCCUUCGGCAGAACCUCGUCGAUUGACGAUUAACAUUUUCUCGAUUGCGGAGUGGUUGCUUGGGUAUGGGGUAAAGCAUGUUGUGAUUAUGCAGUUGUUACCGAGACAGCUAACUCGUCGGGUUUCCCCCGUUGUGUACAACGAGUUUAUUAAGACUGUGAACCAACACAUCAAACGCAUGGCUAGCACACGAGGUGAUAUUUCUUACCACAAACAUAAAGGUUUGAAGGGAAGUCCCACAAAUGUGUUUCGUCGAGAUGGGGUUCACCUAAAUGACGCGCACGGGCUCCCCAAGUAUGUAAGGAGCGUGCGCGGUGCGGUCAUUGUAGGGGCCAGACAACUCAGCUCGUGA